AAUUGCAAUGCUACGGAUUGUGAGGAGGGUUAUCAAUUUUCAUCCAUUAUUAACAAUAACCAGUUUUAUCUAUCGGGUAAUACUUUUACAAGAUUGGAUUGAACGUGAGGUGAGCAAUCAAUGGAAAGCUCUCAAGGUGCAUUUCCAAUCGACAAUGAGAUCUCUGCUAGAUCCUAUUAUUGAGAAGAUGAAGAAUCUAUCGAAAGCGCUUGAGAUGCAUCUCCACAAUGAAGCAGCAAAGGGUCAGCUAAAAGCCAAACUAGUUGUUAUUGAUGCUUAUUGGCCUUGGCCCAUUAACACAUCCAAAACAUUGGAGUCAAUUUAAAAUUCUUCAUGGAAGGUGCAGCUGCAUGGUAAAUUCAACAUCAAACUUCACCUUCUUUACUAUAGCACUUCUUUUUGCAAAAUUUUAUGAUAAUUCCUUGAGGGGCCUCAGUGCUAUGUUGUGCAUCUCAAUUUUUCUUCUAUGUGUACUAGUGGUAUUACAACCGCAAACAGACUUUGGGUUGUUUAGUUUUAUCAUUGGAGUCGUUGGAUCUAUUACUUACAAUUGUUAUGGGUUGAAGUUUCCCACAUGGAUAAUUGCUUC